UUUGAGGCAGCAGGGCAGAAAAUUCAGUUCACAUAGUGGACACGAUUUGUUUUUAAGUCAUGGGGAUAUCAGAUCUUUUUCUCCAGUCCUCCAGUUCUGUCUCCCUGUUGGGGGCUCUGGUGGUCCUGCUGCUCGUCUACCUCGUCUCCUCCUCCAUCUUCAGCUCCCAGGAGUAUGGGAAAGAACCUGCAGGACCCAGACCGCUUCCCGUGCUCGGAAACCUGCUGCAGCUGGACCUCAAGAGACCCCACAACAAUUUUCUGGAGUUUUCCAAGAAAUAUGGAUCAGUGUUCUCUGUCCAUUUGGGACCCAAGAAAGUGGUGAUCCUGGCUGGAUACAAGACAGUGAAGGAGGCGCUUGUCAACUAUGCUGAUGAGUUUGGAGACAGAGAUCCAAUGCUAAUUAUGCAUGAAUUUAAUCAAGGAAAUGGAGUUAUAUGGUCCAAUGGUGAUUCGUGGAAAGAGAUGAGGCGCUUUGUCUUGACGAACCUGAAAGACUUUGGGAUGGGCAAGAAGGCUUGUGAGGACAAAAUAAUUGAGGAAUGUGACUACCUCAUUGAAGUGCUUAAGAAAUUCAAAGGAGAAGCUUUUGACACGGCUCGACCAAUAAAUUAUGCUGUCUCUAAUAUUAUCUGCUCCAUGGUUUAUGGCAGCAGAUUUGAAUAUGAUGAUCCAGAGUUUGCAUCCCUGGUAGAUAACAAACAUGGUCAACUUCUAGGCUCGCCUUCAAUACAGGUGUACAACAUGUUCCCGUGGUUCUGCAAAUGGAUUGCUAACAGGAAGGAAUUCCACAGAUUGGGUGCUGCCAGUACGAAACAGAACAUAGAGCUGUUCAGUCGUUUGAAAGAGACCCUCAAUCCACAGAUGUGCAGAGGCUUUGUGGAUGCCUUUCUGGUCCGAAAGCAAAAUCUGGAGGAAUCUGGGAUUACCAACAGGCACUACCACUAUGAAAACCUUCUGAAGACCGUCAUGAAUCUGUUUUCUGCUGGCACUGUGACAACAGCAACUACACUGAGAUGGGGACUUCUGUUUAUGGCCAAGUAUCCAAAAAUACAAAACCAGGUCCAGGAGGAGCUGAGCAGGGUGAUAGGAAGUCGUCAAGUGCAGGUUGAGGACAGGAAGAACCUGCCCUUCACCAACGCUGUCAUCCGUGAGACUCAGAGACUGGCCAACAUCGCCCCCAUGGCACUUCCUCACAAAACUACCCAAGAUGUAACCAUCCAGGGUUACUUCAUUAAGGAGGGGACCACAGUGUAUCCUCUCUUGACAUCUGUCCUGUUUGAUGAGAGUGAGUGGGAGAGGCCACACACCUUUUAUCCUGCCCACUUCCUGGACAAAGAUGGGAAGUUUGUCACGCGAGAUGCCUUCAUGCCUUUUUCUGCAGGUCGCAGGGCUUGUCCUGGAGAAAGUCUGGCCAGGAUGGAGCUCUUCAUCUUCUUCACCACCCUCCUGCAGCGCUUUCGUUUCACUCCUCCACCUGGAGUUUCAGAGGAUGAACUGGAUCUGACUCCACAAUUACACCUCACCCUCGACCCCUUACCUCAUGAACUGUGUGCUGUCCCCUGUAUGUGAGGACGAGUAGGGUUUGAAAAUGUAAAAAGUAGUUUAACAGUGGUGAAAAUAUUUAAAACCUCUGAUGUGAUUAAGAAAAUGGCAUUAUGUUUUAGUUGCAACAAGUGGAUACUGUAGAAAAUAAAAUAAAAUGCAUUGUCAGCGAAUGUUUUGAAGGCUAAGACACUAAGAAAUAACUAAAUAUCCCACAUCUGGACAAGUGUACUUUCAUUCACUUGAAGGAAUUUCUUUUUGUAAACAAGCAAUUGCCUGGAAGUUCAAGUGUUAUGUUGCCUCAGUAUAACCGGGUCUGGACUAUGAGUGUUUCAACUUUUCAAGUAUUUGGUGUUUGGCACCUUUCAGGCCACAAGCAUGCAGGGCUCACCAACAUGGUAUGUUGGUAUCGAGUAGAAUUAAAGCAAUAUGCAUCAUUAUUCUCUCCAAAUAUUAAGCUAUAGGUUACAUAAAGCUGAUAACAUAUCAAUUGAAGAGGUGUUUUAUUUUAUUUACUGCGAUAAUUGUAUUGAUGCUAUGUGUAGGCUAUACUAUUUUGGCUUACAAGGGCAAACACACUGCAACUUAACCCUAUAACGCCAGUUGUAUCAUAUUUGCUACAUGAGUUUCUGAGACCUCUACAUCAUCAACAGGAUCAAUACUUUACUGAAAAACCUGUUGUAUGCAAUCUGACACAGGUCUUCUGCGCUCUGGUGGCUUAUCCGUGCACUGCAGGCAGUAGUGGGCCUUUGAAUCCUAAUUCCAACAUGGCUGCCGUCUUGUAGUGAUUCACAAGCUUUUGGCAGGGAAAUCUCUGCUAAUUUUGAAAAAGUUACGGUAAGAAUAACAUUUAUAAUGUUACUGAUAUUUCAAUAUGAAUAUUUACUGUAUUGAAGAAACUAUAAUUACUUAAUAUUUCGUACCUUAUUUUAUAGUAAAAUUGUGUUGAAAAUGUUUGUAUCACAUUUGAUACAGCAGUAAUAUAAGGUAAUAAAUCCUUCAUUCGUCAUUGUAUUGUAUUUUAUGAUGCAUCUGCAUUAUGCCUACCACAAUGCCAAAAACACUGUUUUGAUGAUUUAAUUAAACUAAUUAAAGAUUGAAAUGUCAUCUUAAGAUAUAUUUAGUUGAAAUUGAGAUAUUUAUGUGGGGUUUUUAAUAUAUGGAACCUGCUCUCAUGAUAAUCAUUUGGAUGUUGCAAUGGCUCACUUGCUAAUAAUUGUCUUUUUGUCUCAUUGUUUUUCACUAAAACAACUCCUUGGCUAUCAUAAUCUGUGUGUUAUACUGACCAACUCAGAGAAGAAAUUCAGAAUACACAAUAAUUUGUUUUUAUGUGUAUUAUCUGAUUGGGUUUUUUGCCAUAAUAA